UUGUGGCAAUUAUCUGCUGUGGAUUUUGUACUGCUCAAACAUUAUAAGAGUUGUACCAGCGUUUUUGAGAUAUGAGUCAAAGUCUCAAAAUUCAGAAGCAUUUUUACUACAUAUAUACAAAUGAAGAGCACAUGAUUGAAUUUGAUGUAUUUAUAUAUAAAUGAUUUCAUAUACAGUGUGAGAUGCCAUAAAUUUAUGUAUGAUGAAAUGCACACAAGCAGUUUAUAACUUUAAAAUUCUAUCAUCAAAGAGUGCCUGUACUGGACAUUUUUGAAGUUUUAUAAGGCCAAUAGAUAGGAAGAGCUAUAGAAUUUAAGAAUUUACCUUACAUGGAAUUAAUUCUUAUUGUCAUUUGCAUAAUUAUGUAACAAAAUAAUCUGUGCUAUAAAAAUAUUCUGUACAUUUGUUAUAAUGUUAUUUUUUUUGUCUUGCAGGUUUAAUUUGAAAUGUACCAGUAGAAGAAAAAUGUAUUCUUUUAAUUGGGAUAUUCUCUCCUUUAUGAAAUUUUUUAGUCUAUGUAUAAUGCCAGAGGUUUUAUUUGCACAGAACACAUGCCCUGAGAUCACGCAACAGUUUUUGAAAGAUGGCUUUCACAGAGAUCUCUUGAUUAGGGUAGAUUUUGGUAUAGCUGAUGAAGGCCUAGAAAGUUGCAGGCUGGCAAUUAGAAUACAUCUUCCAAGAGGAUUAUAUGUGGAUCCCUAUGAAUUGAAAUCUUUACAACAGCAUAAUCUCACUGAGGCAUUGGUGAUUGCAGAUGAAGUAGAUUUAGAAGUUCCUGAGUAUUUAGCAACUGAUUCUUCUGUUCUCAUUUACAUGAGACCUGAUCCUAAGUGCACUACCUGUUUUAAAGCAUUAUUACCACUGCACUGCCGGUAUUAUCGACCUUCAGAAAGUAAUGAAAAAAUCCCUGUUGUCUUGCAGAAUCCAGAAAUAAUGAUCCAUUGCCAAAAAUCUUUUUUUUCAGUGGACUGUCUGAAAGAAACUGAAAUAGAAGCUCCAUGUUCCCAGAAUAAUCUAGAUGUAUGCUAUUGGAAGAGCAUGAAAUAUAAAAUGCUAAGUAAAGAAUUGGAACUGCAGGUACCAGUUGGACUCAAAUAUCACCUUGUCUUGGUUUGUGCAAUAACACUUAUUACCACAGGACUAUGUUCCAGUUUUAUCCUUUCAGCUUUAUGCAGAUAUGGGCCCAUUCAUUGCUCAAUGUGAUAUUAAACAAGUUUUUAUUAUUGAAAUCAUGGAAAGGCUGUCAAACUGUCCAAAUUAUAGAUAAGAAAAGAGCAAGCUUGAUCAUGUACCAUAACUUUCCCUUUUUCAGGAUGAGUUAUUCCCAACUUGGCCUUUUGGGUCUCUCAACAACUCAUUCAUCACUACUGUAGUCAAGUUCUGCUCUUUGCUUCCAUUUUUCUCAACUUUAUGGACAAAGUUUAGUUUCAAUAAAUAUGACCAAAUUAUAA